GAUUCUCAUGCUCACACUGCAUGUUGCAUCCUUUUCUAAUUUAAUUUAUAUUAUCAGGGAGCAUAACAAUUUGAGUGAAAAACUGAAUAGAAUUUGAUACAUAAAACUUCUGCAGAAGGGGAACAUGAAUGAGCAACAUUAAAAUUGUGCUGGAUUUUCAACCCAACCAUUCCAGUUUUCCUUAGACAUUCCUUUUUUUGUUAUGCUGUCAUGUUUGUGGCUGAUACUGUUGCCAGACCACAGAGUUACAGUCUGCUCUGUGUUUAUAGAGCGGAUUGUGUUGAAUCACAAAGGUGGGUUGGGCUGUGAGGUGUUGAGUUUCUCCUGUUAAUUGCCUGUAUCCUAACACAUGCUGCCCCGUCUGUCUGUAAAUGAAAGGUGUUUGAAACUCUAAAUAUUUUUUAAUUGAAAAAGCUUAGAAUUAUUUUGGAGAUGUUAUAUUUGAUCUCACUUGAAUGUGUUGUCUGAUAGCAUGGUAUUACAAUUUUAUUCCCUUUAAGGACAGAAUUCAGGGCUGAUUUGACACUUUAUUAACCUUGACCCAGUGUAAACAAGCAUUAAGGAAGAAUUAAACUCAUAUCGGACACAAUUGCUCGCUUUUGGCUGAAAUUAAUAAUAUUUUUGCCUGUUCUAAUAAUUGCUACAUCAUAGUCAUAGUCUCCCAGACCAGCAUGCCAUUCGGUUUCAUUCAUCUUUCAUCUUUUCAUAUGCCGCCACCCUGCCCAAUUCGGUGAACCAUUCUUGAAAUGGAGCGCCUUUUAACUUCCAUCAAGAAUGAUCUGAAUGUCUCCAUCCUCCAAAUGACAUCGCCAGCAGGAGGAAUGAGUCUUCAUGUAGACCUCAUUCCUGGCACUCCGCAAAACCCACAGAAAACCCAACCACAGACAUCACUAAAUCUGAACCCAACCCUGGAGCUGAACCUACCUGGCAGACAAAAUAUGAUGCAGGUUCACCAGCAAAAGACAACACCAGCUGUUGGGGACAGACAAAUCUGCGAAAAGUGUCCUGCCAGUUCAGCUCAGUGGGAAAUAUGGAAAGUGUAGAGCCCUCAACUCAUGCUUUCUCAAAAGAGCCAGCGUUAUCGAACAAGCCCAGCAGUGUAGAAGACCACCCAAUGGUUGAGAAAGCUGCCAACAAACGUACCUCUGCAUGUAACGCAUUUUUGUCAGGCUCAACUGACCACAGUGCACCUCGGGGUAUCAUCCCCACAGAGGGUAUGUUUUACAGAGGCAGUCCAAAUGAGAUUGGAGUUCCCAGUGACUGCCACAGAUACCUACAGAUUCCCAUGGGAAAUGGUGGACAAGUGAGUCCCAGCAUGGAGGAUCAAGCUGGCUCCAAAUUCUCCUCUUCUGGGAGAUCAAACCAUGGGCCUGUGUGGCAUGUUCCUGAGAAUAAAUUGUUAACUAGUGCAGCUUCACCUGCACCACCUCCUCCACUGCGUAGUGAUAGUUUCACUGCCACCAGAGUUCAUGAGAAGACCAUGGUGGGGUCCUUUCCUGAAGGACUUCCUUCUUUUCCACAACAGAAGUCUCACUGUAGAGCUGUGGACAGACCGUUUGAUGACUACCAUGCCAGUGACAGAGGACAUGAAGUGAGACAUAGCUUUAACCUACCUCAAAAGAAAGACUUUCUUCAUCCAUAUCUUUCAGUUGAGAACUACAACCCAAAUCAGCAAAACACUAAUAAACAGUUUUCCCAUUCAAGCACUGAUGUAAGACAAGGCCAGAAUCCAUUUACAUAUGAGCUUCAGCAUCAGAGACAACACAGCGAUGAGAGUCCUUUCUCCAUGAACCCAGGUACUACAUACACAACAAAGACCCAGAGCAUUGGGAACUACUACAGAAGCCUUCAAGAUCUGCCUAACAACACAGGCAGUCGAAACCAAGCGAGAACCUCGACAGCUUCCCUCUUGAACACAGCCUUUGACCACAACCAUGAAGGUCAGGCUCAUUUCCGUUACUACUGCAUCACUGCCCAGCAGCCAUCCUUGGAGUCAUCUACCUUAGCACAGGGAUGGAUGGGUGAUGAAUGGAGGUCAGAUACAGGGACUACACAAGGUGUCACAGAAAGAAGCUUUGUUGGUUCUCAAAAGGUCAUAAAGACAAAGUAUCCCCAACCCUACCUUAGUCUUCCAGAGAACAAGAGCUCCAGUGGUUACAGCAAACAGCAGACCAUCAGUCUUCCCUCAAGCGAAGCUGCAUCUCUUGGACCAGAUCGUGUUAUCUCAAAGUCCAGCUCUGGGGAGAGGGAAAGAGAGGGUCAAAAGAAGAAAUUUGCGGAUGUUAAGCAGCAGCCCUCCAGGCAGGAAUCAAACCACCAGACAGAGCAGAAAAACCCUGUCUCCACUUACCACCAAGACAAUCCAUGGAUCAUCAAGCAAGAUCAAAAGAUCUGUCCUCAGAAGACCCCCAUGUUGCACUCUUUGGCCCAGGAGAGCAAGAAGGCAGAUAAAUCAAUAAUAACAUCCAAAGUAGGAGGCCAUCAAGAAACAACUGAUUCCCUUGGUGGCAAACAGGGAAGACGGAGUGAUCGCUACGCAACUACUCUGCGCAAUGAAAUCCAACAGAAGAAAGCACAGCUGCAGAAAAGCAGAAGUGCAGCUACCUUGACCUGUCCAAGCGAAGUUGAGGAGGACUCUGGUAUCUGGAAGUCCAAUGAGACCUCUACAUCCUCAUCUGAUGGUUCCUUCACCAACACCUACAAGGAUCAUCUGAAGGAAGCCCAGGCAAAAGUUCUGAAGGCCACAUCUUUUAUGAGGAAAGACCUGGAGCUCCCUGAGAAUGAAGCUUCACCUGGCCAGGCGCCCAAACGGCUUGGGCCCGUUCAUGGCCAAGUCACGCGCAUUGGAGGACGCAAACGAUUUUCCAUGGAUAAAAAAAUACAUUCUUUCUCUGAACCAGACAAGAUCAAUGAAGUAGGAGUUGAAGAUAAACUUGGGUCCUUUGUAGACCGAUAUAAAUUCUUUGAAGGUUCCUGUAGGUUGACCCUCCAGAAGCCCAUUCCAAAGCAGUCCCUGCUUAGUCCCAGUGAAGACCUUAAUGAGAGAAAAAGCAAAUUAACUGGUGACGGUGAAAGUAUCCUCAGAGCUCCCAUCAAACAGAGUAAAUCAAGCCAUUCUUACCUUAAUGCUGAGGAGCAACAACGGCUGGGUACAUUUGCUGAAUACGAGGCUACAUGGAACCUGAAGAAGAAGCCACUGGAAAGAAGAACCACUGGCAGAUAUCACUCAGCUGAAAACAUUCUGGACUCAGGCUUGGAUGAAUCCAACAGCGCAGUGUGUAUUCACGAAAGAUCUCGUUCCUCACCUUCUGCUGACUUCUGUGGUCAGAAUAUCCCUCUGCCACCCAGACAGUCUCCUGUGCAAUCUCCAUCUGAAUGCAAGGACCAACAGCAGACCUGUAUCACCAGUCUAUCUGAAAGGGAGCAUGAUCCUGUUAUCAUCUCUGAGCCUCUGGAAUCAAUCACACUGAAUGUUCUGGAAAAAGAACACACGGCAGCUUCUCUUCUUUUGAACCAGAGAUUAAGACCUGAUUCUAGGCACCCACCAUCCCUCUCCUCACAUCAUCUCCAGGUUCCUGUGUCUGAGCAGAUACUUCCAAAAAACAAAAUGCUUGAACCACAGAGGUCUGCCCAGGUUAGAAUGGACAAAAAGCUGGAAACCAUGGGCCCUUCCAGAGUCGCACAGGAAGUGCAGCCCAUUGCACAGGGCAUCACAGCAGUUCAAACUCCUUCCCCUGACUCAACUCAAGGAUCCACGAGACUCUGUACUACACAUUGCCCUUUAGAACACCUGGAGAGAGACAUGUUCUUGACCACAGAACAAGAAAACGGUCAGAAAUCAGACAGCGGGGGGCUGUUUUCUCUUUUAGGUCGUUCCUCCAUUUCUCCCCAGAGGAAUGCUGACCUGACCAUAACCUCAGCCAACAGAACACGUUCUCCAUCUCCACAGUUUUUUCCACAAAGAUUUACAGAUGAACCUCUGACAACUGUGCAGAAAAAGGAUCCACACAGUUAUAAGAUGGAGGAAACACUAGAACCAAACACUGCUGGGCGCAAAGUCCCUAUACAGAUCGUCUAUUUAGAGAACGGUUCCGAAAGAGACUGUAGAAACUAUCUACUACAUGGCGAAACAUUGGGAGGCUCUGAGUUUCCUAUAACUUCCCAACUAAAACAACUAGAUUCUCCAGAGCAACCUAAGUCACUGUUUAGUGCCUGUGCUCGCCCGGAUCCCAAUAGAAACACUGACAGGACUUCCUCAGAACAUCAAAUCGACAACGAGACAGUGAGGACCGACAGUUUGUCUGAGCACUCUGAAGAGGACUUAAAAAGAGAGGAACUGGCCAGAGAUAUCAUGGGAAAGGACAAGAGUCUGGUGGACAUUUUGGAUCAGAGUAAGAUGAAGACCACGAUGGAUCUGAUGGAGGGAAUCUUUCCUCAAGGGGAACAGCUCCUGGAGGGGGCGCAGCUAAGGAGGAAGGCCACCUCCAAACAGACACCUCCCAAAACACAGCAGAGGGUGGAAGACAGUUUGGCUUCAUCAGUGUCGUUAGUGAGCAGUUCGUCAUAUUACAGCACAUCGGCACCCAAAGCUGAGCUGCUUAUAAAGAUGAAGGAUCUGCAAGAGCUCAUGGAGGAACAGGAUUCAGAAGAUGAACUCGAUUAUGACGUUUCCAGCAAGAAGCAAGAGUUGAUCGACAGCUUAAGCAAGAAGCUCCAGGUUCUGCGAGAGGCCCGUGAAAGCCUUCAAGAGGACAUACAGGACAAUAAUCUUCUCGGAGAGGAGGUGGAGGCCACCGUACAGACCGUCUGCAAGCCAAAUGAGCUAGAGAAGUUCCGCAUGUUUGUGGGGGAUCUGGAUAAAGUGGUCAGUCUUCUGCUGUCACUGUCCGGCAGACUCGCUCGUGUGGAAAACGCCCUGAACAACCUGGAAGAGGGAACGUCAGCUGACGAGAAGAACACUUUGACAGAGAAACGGAAACUACUGAUUCGCCAGCAUGAAGACGCUAAAGAACUGAAGGAGAACUUGGACAGAAGGGAACGUUUGGUGUAUGACAUUCUGGACAGUUGCCUGAGUGAAGAGUGUCUUGCAGACUACAAGCACUUUGUAAAAAUGAAGUCAGCACUGAUUAUUGAGCAACGCAAACUGGAAGACAAGAUCAAACUGGGUGAAGAGCAGCUCAAAUGUCUGAAGGACAGUAUGCCACUGGACCAGAGACUACUGUACUGAACAAUACUACACUCUAUACUAAUCUAUUCUGUGUUGUACUGGACUGUACUACAAUCUGAUCAACUAUAGUGAUCUAUAAUUAGCUAUAACGGACAAUACUACACCCUGAUAAACUAUAAUGAUCUAUACUGUGCUAUACUGAAUAAUAGUGUGCUCUAUACUGAUCCAUACUGUGAUAUACUGAACUAUACUACAUUCUGAUAAACUAUAGUGAUCUUUACUGAGCUGUACUGGACAAUACUACACUAUACUUCUCUAUACUGGACAAUGCUGCACUCUGAUAAACUAUACUAAUCUAUGCUACGCUAUACUGGACAAUACUACACACUCAUAAACUAUACUCAUUCAUUCUGCGAUAAACUGGACAAUAGCACACUCUGAUUAACUACACUGAUCUAUACUGUGCUAUACUAAACAAUACUACACUCUAAACUGAUCUAUACUACACUUCACCAGACAAUACUACACACUGAUAAACUAUACUGAUCUAUACUGUGCUAAAUUGGACAAUAGCACACUCUGAUAAAUGAUACUAAUCUAUAAUGUGCUAUGCUAAACAAUACUACUUUAUACUGAUCUAUUCUGCACUAUACUGGACAAUAAUACACUCCGAUAAAUGAUACUAAUCUAUAAUGUGCUAUGCUAACCAAUACCACACUCUAUACUGAUCUAGACUGCUCUAUACUAAACAAGACUACACUCUAUACUGAUCUAGGCUGCACUAUACUGAACAAUAAUACACCCUAUACUGAUCUAUACUACACUUCACCAGACAAUACUACACCGUAAUAAACUAUAUUAAUCUAUGCUGCGCUAUACUGGACAAUACGACACUCUGAUCAACUAUACUGAUCUAUACUGCGCUAAACUGGACAAUAGCACACUCUGAAUAACUAUACUGAUCUAUACUGUGCUAUACUGGACAAUACUACACUCUGAUAAAUGAUACUGAUCUAUACUGUGCUAUGCUAAACAAUACUACACUCUAUACUGGGCAAUAAUACACUCUAUACUGUGCUAUACUGGAGAAUUCUACACUGAUAAACCAUACUGGGCUAUAUUAAACAAAACUACACUAUACUUAUCUAGACUGCGCUAUACUGGACAAUAAUAUACUAUUUUGAUCUAUACCGUGCUAUACUGGACAAAACUACACUCUGAUAAACUACACUCGCCUAUACUGUGCUAUACUAAACAAUACUACACUCUACUGAUCUAUCCUGCGCUAAACUGGACAAUACUACACUCCAAUAAGCUAUACUGAACAAUAUUGAACUCUGACAAUCUAUACUGGUCUAGACUGCACUAAACUGUACAAUACUACAAUCUAUGCUCAUUUAUACUGUGCUAUACUGGACAAUACUACACCCUGAUAAACUAUACUGAUUUAUACUGUGCUAUAUUAAACAAUACAUCACUCUAUAAUGAUCAAUACUGCGCUAUACUGGACGAUACUACACUCUAUACUGAUUUAUACUGCUCUAUACUGGGCAAUUCUACACUCUGAUAAACUAUACUAAUCUAUGCUGUGCUAUACUGGACAAUACUACACCCUGAUAAACUAUACUGAUUUAUGCUGUGCUGUACUAAACAAUACUGUACUCUAUACUGAUCUAUCCUGCGCUAAACUGGACAAUACUACACUCUGAUAAGCUAUACUAACCAAUACUACACUUUACUGAACAAUACUGCACUCUGAAAUACUAUACUGAUCUGGACUGCACUAUACUGGACAAUACUACACCCUAUGCUGAUUUAUACUGUGCUAUACUGGACAAUACUAGACCCUGAUAAACUAUACUUAUCUAUACUGUGCUAUACUAAACAAUACUACACUCUAUAGUGAUCAAUACUGUGCUAUACUGGAUGAUACUACACUAUCUAUACUGAUUUAGACUGCACUAUACUGGACAAUACUACACUGAUAAACUAUACUAAUCUAUGCUGCUCUGUACUGGACAAUACUACACUAUAGUGAUCAGUAUUGCGCUAUACUGGACAAUACUACACUCUGAUAAACUAUACUACUUUAUACUGUGCUAUAUUAAACAAUACUACACUCUAGUGAUCAAUACUGCACUAUACUGGAAAAUACUACACUCUAUACUGAUUUAUACUGUGCUAUACUGGACAAUACUACACUCUAUAGUGAUCAAUACUGCGCUAUACUGGGCAACACUAUAUUCUGAUUUAUACUGCAUUAUAUUGGACAAUACUAGACUCUGAUAAACUAUACUGAUCUAUACUGUGCUAUACUAAAAAUACUACACUCUAGUGAUCAAUACUACACUAUACUGGACAAUACUACACUCUAUAGUGAUGAAUACUGUGCUAUACUGGACAAUACUACUUUAUGAUAAACUAUUCUUAACUAUGCUAUGCUGUAACCACCUGUAUUUUAUAUCAGCUUGUGUGAAUUAAUUUGAUUCCUUACUACUAGCACAAAAUAAGUUCCCAUUACUGCACAAAUGCUCUGGAAGUGCUGUAAGGAAAUGCUACAGUAUAUGCUUUUUUGUAUGACUGAUUUUCAUUGAGUCUAGUUUUCUUUAAUAUAGCAUUUUUAUCAUAGUUGAAUUCAUGCUUGGAAUUUUCAGGCAUAUUCUAUAUGAAAUCUUCUGUUGUUUUUUUAAGGAUCUCUUUUUAGUCCACAUGAAAGGUUUUUUUUCUACCUGUAAUUCUGAGUGUAAUUGUAUUUACAUGUUUAUCUAAUUUAUUUUUGUACUGAAUGACAUAUAUAAGGGUGCUAAUAACAGAAAGGUUACUUUGACAUUAGAUCUUGUUGCAUCUGUUUCAUCUUUACUAACAGCAAACUGUACAUUUAAUAGCUUGAUAUUUUCUUUCUGAUCCAGACUGUUUUCCUCAUUCUGACAUUAAAAUGUGUAUUCUUUUUUUCUUCCUAGAAUAAUCUUCAAUUGGUUGAAAGGAGUUUUAGAGAUGGACUGAUGAGUUGUAUUCCAAAAUAACCUAUUAAUGAAAUUUGUGGACCAUAUUCCUGCUAUUCCCUUCUCACUGUGAACUAAAUGAAUUGUGUGAACAAAAUCAUGCUGGCAAGCAAAAUAUUGUUCAUAGACUGCAGUGUACUUCUACUAAAUUAAAUUAAAUGAAAACAUAUAUUGCAACUUUUUUUAUUAAACUAAA